AUGGAAAGGUAUAUGAUAAGAUACCCCCAGGGUCGAGCGAGAGCAGGGGAGAAUGAUCGACCCACAGGACAGACCAGUGUUAUGACCACUUAUGAUGAACAAUUGACUAGGGAACAGCCAAACGAUUUAUCCCGGGUCUGCAGAUGUGGGAGAAUAUGCAAAAAUGAGAGGGGUCUGAAGAUACAUCAGUCAAAGAUGAAGUGCUUGCAACCUGAUCAUAAUGUGCAACGCACAGGGAAACCUGGUGAGACGGAGGAGAGGCAGGGGCAGGAGGCAAACCACAGUCCCCAGAAUCUCCAGGCACAUUAUGAGGAUGGGAACAGGAACAGAGGCAUUGGUGUGUCAGAGGACACAAGGCACCAGGUAGUAGAGGGCACAAAGGACAGUAUUCUACCUCAACAAGACACAUGUGUAGGAGUGGUCCGAAAGGAGCAGGUGAACUGGCCGGCUGCAGUGGCAAUUAAGCAGUGGGAGAAAUUUGAUCAAGAUGUGGAUGAGGUGCUGGAAGCAGCCCUGGCAGGAGAUGUAGGAAAGAAGCUCAGGGCAAUGGCUGCCAUUAUGUGGAGCAUGGGAGCUGAUCGCUUUGGGAAGAAAGAGUUGAAGGUGAAAGCAGGGAUCCAACUAAAAGAAAAUAGACGUAUGAAGGAAAUAGCAAUCCUUAGAGGAGACCUGCGAAGGCUGAGGAAGGUAUUUCGUGAAGCUCCAGCAAAUGAGAAACCAGCGCUCUCAGAGAUUCGUGAUAACUUGAGGGAGCGCAUUAAGACUUUGCGCAGAGCUGAGUGUCAUCGCAGGGACAGGCGGAAACGAAUGAAAGCACAGACAGAGUUUAUCAAGAACCCUUUCAGAUACUUGUCAAAUAUUCUGGGUGAUGUAAGAUCAGGGCAGCUGGAAGCAACAAAGGAGGAGGUGGAAGAUCAUCUCCGGCAGGCACAUAGUGAUCCUAGAAGGGAGAAAGGUUUGGGGGAGAUGGAGAAACUUCUAAAACCAACAGCACCAAGUAUCCUCUUUAGAUCUGAGGAACCAAGCUGGCAGGAGGUAAAUACAUUUCUAAGGAAGGCUAGAGCAAAAUCAGCUCCAGGGCCGAAUGGCAUUCCAUACAAGGUGUAUAAAUGUUGCGAAAGGCUGAGGAGACGACUGUGGAAGCUACUGAGAGUGGCAUGGAAGAAGGACUUUCUAGCAGAUAGUUGGCUAGUGGCUGAGGGAUGUUUCAUUCCUAAGGAAGGAAAUUCCUCAGGAAUCAAGCAAUUUCGAACGAUCUCACUUCUUAAUGUUGAAGGCAAGAUUUUUCUUGGGAUUCUAGCAAAGAGAUUGACAUCUUUCAUGAUGGACAACGGAUACAUGGAUACAUCGGUCCAAAAGGGAGGAGUUCCAGGCGUUUCAGGCUGCCUUGAGCACACCAGCGUAGUCACCAAGAUUAUUGAAGACGCUAAAAAGAACAGGGGUGAUCUGGCAGUUUUGUGGCUGGAUUUAACAAACGCAUAUGGAACGAUACCUCAUAAGCUGGUGGACUUGACGCUGGAGACCUACCAUGUCCCAGAACGAUUCCGGAAGCUCUUGCAGUGCUAUUAUGGCAAAUUCCACAUUCGAUUCACCUGUAGGGAUUUUACCACAGAGUGGCAGAGACUAGAGGUGGGCAUUGUCACUGGAUGCACAAUUUCAGUGAUCUUGUUUUCAGCAGCAAUUAAUCUUCUUGUUAAGUCAGCAGAGAAAUUGCGGCGUGGGGCAAUCUUGGCAAAUGGCAAACAGCAGGUACCUAUAAGAGCAUUUAUGGACGACCUCACCAUCAUGGCAAAAUCAGUACCUGAAGGGAGAUGGAUUCUAGAGGAUCUAGUGGAACUCACUGAUUGGGCAAGGAUGGAGUUUAAACCUGAGAAGUCCAGGAGCCUGGUAUUGAGGAGGGGAUGCAUUCAGGACCGGUUUCGGUUCAGAAUAAAAGGUACCACCAUCCCAACAGUCAGAGAGAAACCAGUUAAGAGUUUGGGGAAGUGGUAUAGGGCAGACCUUAAUGAUAAGGAAAGCGUGAGGCAAAUGAGUGUCCAAGUAGAUACCUGGAUGACAUCUUUAGAGAAGAGUGGCCUACCUGGAAAAUAUAAGGCCUGGGGUUACCAGCAUGGAGUACUUCCUAGACUGCUCUGGCCGCUGCUUGUUUAUGAGGUGCCUGUCUCUACAGUGGAAGGACUGGAGAGGAAGAUGAACACCUAUCUACGACGGUGGUUGGGUGUGCCAAGAAGCUUCUGCUCCAUUGGUUUAUACAGCACAGGCAGCAAGCUACAGCUACCACUGACAUCAGUCCUGGAAGAGUAUAAAGUAACGAAAACUCGGCAGGCCAUAAUGUUGCGAGACAGUCAGGAUGAAAAAGUCCGCCAGGCAGACCUUGUGGUUGGGGCAGGCCGCAAAUGGUCAGCUAAUAAAGCAGUAAGGGAUGCCGAGGAACGACUGCAGCAUGCAGAUAUUGUGGGGACAGUAGCGCAGGGAAGGCUUGGAUUGGGCUGCUUCACUAGUGCGAGCUGGAACAAAGCGGACCCAAAGGAACGCCGCUGGCUAAUACAAAGAGAGGUCCGCAAAGCAGAGGAGGAAACUCGGCAAGUUAAAGCUGUGGGCAUGAAAAAGCAGGGCAGCUGGACAAGAUGGGAGGGCGUAAGAGAAAGGGCCCUGACAUGGCAAGAUAUUUGGAGCAUGGAAGGACAACGCAUAAAGUUCCUGCUGUGUUCAGUCUAUGAUGUUCUUCCGACUCCAUCAAACCUUCAUAUCUGGGGGAUGGUAGAGAGACCAAGCUGCUCACUAUGUGGAAAGCAGGCAAAUCUUGAGCAUGUCCUAUCAGCAUGCCAGUCAAGUUUGGCAGACGGGAAAUUCCGGUGGAGGCAUGACAAAAUCCUCUCUCAGUUGGCGGAUGGAUUGGAGCAGGCAAGGAAGAAGGUGAAACAGCAUUCUGAUGGGCAGUGCUUUAUUCAGUUUAUUAGGUCAGGAGAGAGCAUUGCAGCAGGACGAAGGAGAGGAGGUGUUCUGGCCUCAGCAAAGGAUUGGGAAAUGCGAGCAGACCUUAAAAAGCAGCUUAAAUACCCAGAGGAAAUAGCACAGACUAGCCUCAGACCAGAUAUUGUCCUAUGGUCUAGAGGCACCAAACAGGUGGUGCUUAUAGAACUUACGAUACCCUGGGAGGAAAGAAUGGAGGAGGCCCAUGAACGUAAGCUCAAGAAAUAUCAAAGUCUGAUACUUGAGAGCCAAGAGAAUGGAUGGAGAGCCUGGAAUUUACCAGUAGAGGUGGGUUGUAGGGGGUUUGCGGGGCAGUCACUCUGGAGAGCCCUCGGAUGGCUGGGAAUUGAAGGAAUGGCCAGGAAACGCCUUGUAGGGAAGGUUACUAAAGAGGCAGAAGUAACAUCUCGCUGGAUUUGGCUACAAAGGGAGGUUCAGUGGGAAAGCCAACCAGUUGAACGACAAACCAUAACAUAGAGUUGGGUGGUGGUCAGCAGGAGUAGAUCCAGGACGCUGGAUCUGCUGUCGAGCCCUCCCGAGGUGUCAUGGGCUUAAAUCGGUGAAACACCAAGGAAGGGGGGUGCCCAUCUGAUGACCGGCUGUAACCACCAACCUUAUAUAGAGUACAUCCUUAACCCCCUAACUGGUGCUAAAGGAAGAAAGGAGGGGGAAUUAUGCCACUGGCCCACAGUUGGUGCAGGGCAGAGUACCUGUAAAGGUGGGCCAGUUGCGAUGG